GUUUAUCUAAAUUUCCCAAACCUGCCUCAAACAUUUCAUAUGGCAUCUGAACUGGACAACCCUGUUCCCGAGCCGGGCCCAGGCUACAGAAAGCCUCUGUUCAAGUCGUUCACCAGCGACAGGAACCUGAAGCGGUUCUCCAUCUCGGGACCCGCUCUCAGGGUGGAUACCUCUUUUUCUGAGGCCGCUGCGCCCGCUGACUCUUCUGCGGGCAGUCGCAGAAACUCAGUCCUGGCGACGCCGCUCGCAGCCGGCCACAUGCUGGAGAACGAGGCCAAAAGAUCGAGCGUUCAGCUGGAAAUCGCCGACAUGACGCUGGUGGUGCCCACGUUCGUGCACAAGUGCUGCCAAUUCAUCCUGAGCCAGGGCCCGAAAGAGGGAAUUUUCCGCAUCAACGGCUCCAUCAAGAAGAUUAAGAAGAUCGAGGCGCUGAUCCGCGAGCAGGGAAUCGACAGCUUUGAAUUUGACACCUGCCGCGUCGAAAACGUCGACAAUUCAGAGGACACGGCGCCCAAUGCCUACGACGCCGCCAUGGUGCUGAAAAGGUGGCUGUCGAAUCUUGCUGACGGUCUCAUCACGCUGGAUGUGAGCAAGUCUCUCAAAACGGCGGCUGCGUCGCCGCAGGAGGUUCCUGUUUUAGACGAGACUGAAGACGCUGCACGGACAGCGGAAGAGGCCUCGCAGACAGAGUCCGAGGACGCGUUCAGCCUCAGCUCUUACAAGACCAUCCCAACUAGCGUUGAGGACACAGACAAGGAGAAAGAGUCGCUGGAAAACCUGCCCCUGGUCAACUUACACCUGUUUAUAUAUCUGCUAUCCUUUUUGAACAAGUUGUCACAGCCGGACGUGUGCGACAUCACCAAGAUGCCGUCCUCGAACCUUGCCAAGAUCUUCCAGAUGAGUUUCUUCAAAGUGGACGAUCUGCAACCACAGCUUGCUUCCGCCGCAAGCACAGACGAUCUUCUGCAAAACUACAAAGCCAACGAGCGGCUGCUGCAAAACUGGAUCACGUCAUACGACCAACUGGCGGCCAAACUGCGCUCCUUUGUGGCAGACAACCAGGAAAAGCUUAAGGAGACGCUGGCCUCCCCAUUGGUGGAGGAACCGCUUGCUAUGCCAAAGCUGCGAAACCGGUCUGUAACAGAGGACAAGCAGCAGAAAAGACGCUCGCUUUUCGGCUACCGCUCGCUCUCCAACGCUCUGAGCUCCAGAACCCUGUCGCAAGUGCUGACUGGCUCGCCUGACGACACGGGAAAACGCUCUGUCUCCGACUCUGCAGUAGAAAAAUACCCAAAUACCCAAGACCUUGCUGUGGACAGGAAACUCAGACGCCGCUCACUGGGAUGGUUUGCCAACUCCAACCUGAGCACGCCAUCUCUCAGCAGAAAACAGGGCGAGACACUCACGCCAGUGACCGUGUCUGGUCCGCUCAGUCUUUCUGCAGACGAUCUUUUACAGACCACGAGCGAGGCCACUGAGCAGCCGGUGGCAUCCAGUUCGAGCGAAGCGACACUAGAGGUGUCGAAAUCCAAUUCACACCACUACGAACUCAGCGAGUCCAAGGAAGUUGUUCCUGAGGUUUCUGCCGUUCCUCGGACAGAGGUGCCGGUGGAUACGCUGGACUCGCUGAACGUUAAGCCGAGCAAGAAGAACAACAGACUGUCCAAGAUGUUUUCCGUUAGAUUUGGUCUUUCCAAGAUGAUCCACUGAUCCUCGGAAGCGUUUGGUUCUUUGUACGAUGUUGUUAAUGAACACUGCUACGAUAAUAACUUCCGCGUCGACCGACGCGUCUUUACAAGUUCGACUUUCUUUUUCUCUCCGCUCUUCCUUUCCCCAUAAAAAAAAAUAUAAUUAAAUUAAAACCUGGCAAGACCCCGGAUUUGCUAAUAAGAGCGUUGUUCCCUGUGCCCAUAUUAAGGCCAUGUCGACAGAAGCUCGAGAUCACUCGCCCCCGCUAGAACUGCGGGAUUUGAGCUUACAGGAACCCGCUGGAUGCGUCGAAGUUCGAGAUACUUAUACAACCACUGACUACGAUCAGUCCGCACAGCCCUCUGUGGAGGAUGAGAAAAAAGACCAGGCUCCGGAUGGGGCUGAGCUCGAGCGCCAGAGGAACUGGUCGUCCAUUAUGGCCGUCUACGUGGGUUUGCUAAUGGCCAUCGGGGGCUUUUUGUAUGGUUACGACACAGGCAUCAUCAACGGCCUGCUAGAAAUGAAAUACGUGAAAAGAACGUUCCCGCCUAACAACGCGGGUGGGUUCAGCGCGAGUCAGUCAUCCAUCAUCACGUCAGUGCUUUCGAUCGGUACUUUUGUGGGCUCGUUAUUUGCGCCCGUGCUUUCAGAUAGAGUGGGGCGACGGCUGAGUAUCGUCGCGUCGUCCACAAUUAUGUUUUCGCUCGGCACGAUAUUGCAGCUUGUCUCGGAAGGUAUCCCACUGCUCUGUGUUGGCCGCUUUGUCAGCGGCUUCGGCGUGGGCAUGAUAUCGGCCAUCAUACCGCUCUACCAGGCCGAGGUGUCGCCCAAGUGGAUCAGAGGAUCUGUGAUUUCGUUUUACCAAUGGGCCAUUACGUGGGGGUUGCUUGUUUCGAGCGCCAUCACCCAAGCAACGCACUCCAUCGAUGACGCCCGCUGCUACCGCAUCCCGAUCGGCCUGCAGCUGAUCUGGGGCGUCGUCUUAGGCAUUGGAAUGUACUCGCUGCCCGAAUCGCCGCGGUUCUUUGUCAAAAAAGAUCGUCUUGACGACGCCCUCCACGCUCUCUCGCGAUUCCGCCGCCUGCCCCUGAACGACAAGUCGCUGGUCGAGGAGUUAAUUGAAAUCAAGGCCAGCCACGACUACGAGAUGAGCUUUGGCCCCACAAGUAUCAUGGACUGUUUCCGCAGCUCGCCAAGCCGCGCCAGCCAGCUGCGCCGCAUGCUCACAGGCAUGCUUUUGCAGGCGCUGCAGCAGUGCUCGGGAAUUAAUUUUAUUUUCUACUAUGGGGUCAACUAUUUUGUGCGCGCAGGAAUAGCCAACUCAUACCUGAUCUCGUUUAUCACCUACACAGUCAACGUGGUGUUCACCAUCCCGGGCAUUUUUUCGGUCGAGAUUUGGGGCCGGAGAUGGCUGCUAAUUGUUGGGGCUGGUGGAAUGACGGUGUCGAAUUUUGUCAUCGCCGCGGUCGGCGUGACCACGGACUCUCUCAUUGCCAACAAGGUGAUUGUCGCGUUUGUAUGUCUCUUCAUCGCAUUCUUCGCCUCCACGUGGGGCCCCCUUGCUUGGGUCGUUGUGGGAGAAAUGUACAGUUUGUCGGUACGGCAGAAAGCCGUCGCACUGACCGCUGCUACCAAUUGGCUGGUGAAUUUUAUUUUUGCAUGCUGUACGCCAUACCUGGUUGACACAGGCAAGCACACUGCCGCUCUGGGUACCAAGAUCUUCUUUCUUUGGGGGUCUCUGAAUUUUGUGGGCAUGGUGUUCGCCUACUUUUACAUCUACGAAACGAAAGGACUGCUUUUGGAGGAGGUGGACGAGCUAUUCAGGGUGUGCAAGAGCGCACGCAAGUCCAUGUAUUUCAAGCCGCACACAGAAACGCCGGAGAACGAGGGUUCCCCGCGACACUCGGAGUCACAUAGGGCUAACGCUGUGGCCAUGACCUUGGACAUUUUGAACGUGCCAAACAAUGUGCCUCCAUCGGUCCACUCGACAGACGAUGAGAGCGAGUUUUACCAUCCGCACCUGAGCGAAUACCUGGGUCCCCAGCCAGAGUACAAUUACACCAACCAGGAGGACCUGAUGGGGUUAAUUCGUAGUUUGGGCGUCGGUUUGGAUGGAACAGCAGAGUCUGUACAUAGCCAUGGACAAUAAAAAAAUAAAUAUUUAUAUUUUAUUAUUUUAUUUUAUUUUUUCCACCUCAUUUUUUCCACCAGAGGGCUUAAAAAAUUGACGCAUCUCAAGGCGCGAGGUGUCUCUCCUUUUAUAUUCCGGUGCUUUAAUUUUACAUUUUGCCAUUGAUUCUACUCCAAAGACAACCAAAUGUCCCUGGAAAUGAAGACCACCGAGCUGGAAGGGUCGCAAUCGCCGGAGAACGGGUUUUCCACAGAGGCAUCCCAGGGGCUGGUGUACAACCUGGUUCAACAAAAUCAACAAGACGUUAGCGAGGUUCCUGUAGAUGUUGAUCAUAGGAUCCCAGUCCCAGCAUACACGUCAGAUACCUUCUUCGCCACCCUCUACAGUCUCUUCAAAAAUUUGACAUCGUCAAGGUCACAGACAAAGGGAGAAGGUGAAGGCUCAGAGGUUUCUGGUUCUAUUUCCUACUACAUCUACCAUUUGAUUCUUGUGUUUUUGUACCUGCUCAUGUCGGUGUACCGCUUUUAUGAGUACACUUACAACAGACUGAAGCUUAGAUUCCUGAAUCUGGCCUACAACCCAUCCAGAACCCCCUCGUUGAUCAACAGCGACGUGAAUAAACUGCCCAAAAUCCCGUACCGCUUGUCUGCCAUUUUGAACUACAAGUCGGAACAAGAGGAGAACGGCGGCGUCGAGGGGCUUUGUAACGACGCCGCCGAACUGAGUGCUUGGUGUCUGUCGUCUGGAAUCCCAAAUUUCACGAUUUACGAGUAUCACGGCAUCCUAAAAAACCACAUUCCAGAGCUGCGUCGAUCGAUCCAUCGCAAGCUCGUGGCAUACUUCGGCACCAGCAACGUCCCUACCUACCAGAUAAAAAUCCCACAUUUGAAUCUAAGUUACACUGGAUCGUAUGAUGGAGAAUAUGAUGACAGUGAGGACAAAUUUGAUAUCGAGAUCAGUUUGUUGAGCGUGGUAGACGGAAGACCCACCAUUGUGGAGCUGACCAAAGUCAUGUCCCAGCUGUCCAAGAACCAUGAACUAAGCGACAAAGACAUCAACAUGAAGUUUAUUGACCAGGAACUCCAGCAAUUGGUUGGCCCAGAGCCAGACCUGAUUGUCAUGUUCCAGCCGUACCUGAACCUUCAGGGAUACCCGCCAUGGCACACACGGCUCAGCGAGAUGUACUGGGAGCCAGACAAUGAUGAGGUUUCCUACGCUGUGUUUUUAAGAGCAUUGCAGAAAUAUUCCACGUGCAAAGUCAAUAUCGGUCGCUAAAUUUCUCUCCUUGCACAAUGUUCGCUAAUAUUAACCAACACCCUAAGUUGGACUUGCUAUCUUCAUUGCAUAAUUAGGCCAUAUACUCGUAAUAUGAUGAUAAUAACGACCUGCUUGGCCGCGUCUCGC